AUGAAUACAAAUAAUAUCGAGGAAUCAGAUAAAUUACUAGAGAAUACCUUGACAUUUACUGAUUUUUAUCCAUUUGAAAAUUUCAUAGUAUUAAUUAAAAAUCAUAUGAAAGAAAAUGAUAAUGAACAACACAUAAAUAUCAUAUUAAUGCGAAAUAUUGAUAUUAUGUAUGAUAGAAUUGUAAUACCAGAUAAAGUCGAUACUCAAUAUCAAUUAAUAAUAAUAAAAUCACAAUCAAAUUUAUCAUUAUACUUACCUGUAUACACAAAGUUUUUAAACAAAUCACAAUCAUACACAAUCAAAAUUAAAGAAUGUAAAUUCAAACAGGUAUCACGUUUUGACUAUUUCAAACAAACACACAUCAUUAAUAACAAACAAUAUCAUUCAAUAUCAAGAUUUACAAACAGUAAUGCUAUCAAUGAUGUGUAUUUAGUGUGUGGUAUUGAUAAAAGACCGGUAAGAUCAUUUUUCAAAGUAAUUAAUCAAUUGACAAUCAUAAAACUAACAAAAUCAAUUCAAAAGUAUGUUUAUAAAACGAUAAACUAUAAAGAUAAUCAAAAAUCUUAUGAAAGAGCUGAGAAUGAAAUCAAAUCAAUGAAAUUACUCAAAGGUAAUAAAAGAUUUGUUCAACUUGUUGAUUUUCAUCAUGAUAAAGACAAUCAAAUCUUUCAUAUCAUCACUCAAUAUUGUGAAGGUGGUGAUCUUUCUCAAAAGUAUAAACAUUUAGCUGAUCUAAAUAUAAUCUUUUCAGAAUCAGAUAUUAUUAAAUAUAUUUCAGAACUUUUCAAUAUUCUUUUGGAUCUUGAUAAACAUGGAAUUGUUCAUUGUGAUAUCAAACCAUCAAACAUAUUCAUUGGUGAAGGUGGUACUUUGAUACUUGGUGAUUUUGGAUGUUGUAAAUUCAUUGAUCAAUCAACAAUCAUUGAAUAUCAAGAUACAAAAGUAUUUUUUGAGCCACCUGUUUUCAUAACAAGUGUUUCAAAUUCGAAAGAAAUAACAGAUCCAUCCAUUUUUGAUAUGUAUUCAAACACACUUAUAAAUGCAACUCGUGGAACAAUUGGUUAUAUUUCACCAGAAGCAAUGAAACGACAAUAUGCACAAUCAUGUGACAUCUUUUCAAUUGGAUCAACAAUUCUCAAAUUAUUAUGUUGUCAUCCAGAUGAUCGAAAUAAUCAUCAACUAUUCCAAUCAACUGGUGAAAUUAAGAUUUCAGAAUUCAGAUAUUCAAAACAAUUGAUUGAAUUUAUUCAUCGAUUGUUGGAUCAAAGUCCAAAGAAUAGAGAAUCAUUGAAUCAAUUAUUAAACCAAUAUAUUGAAACCGUCACCAAUCAUCAUUUAAUAACAUUCAAUUUAAAUACUCCAUUCAAAAACAGCUCAGUCAUUAUCACUGAAAUCAAAUUUGGUAAUGAAUUUAAUCAACCUUUGGAAUCUAAUUCACUCCCUCCAAAUCUGACAUCAUUAUCAUUUGGAUAUUCAUUCAAUCAAAUAUUAUCAGUUGGUGUGUUACCUAAAUCACUGAAAUCGUUGAAGUUUGGAUAUUCAUUCAAUCAAAUAUUAUCAGUUGGUGUGUUACCUAUAUCACUUGAAUCGUUGAAGUUUGGAAUUGAAUUCAAUCAAAUAUUAUCAGUUGGUGUAUUACCUGAAUCACUUGAAUCAUUGGUGUUUAGUGAUAAAUUCAAUCAAAUAUUAUCAGUUGUUGGUGUGUUACCUGAAUCACUUGAAUCAUUGAAGUUUGGAGAUAAAUUCAAUCAAAUAUUAUCAGUUGGUGUCUUACCUGAAUCACUGCAAUCGUUGGAGUUUGGUUGGGAAUUCAAUCAAAUAUUAUCAGUUGGUGUGUUACCUCAAUCAAUGUAUUCAUUGAUUUUUGGUUGGGAAUUCAAUCAAAUAUUAUCAGUUGGUGUCUUACCUGAAUCAUUGCAAUCAUUGGCGUUUGGAUAUUCAUUCAAUCAAAUAUUAUCAGUUGGUGUGUUACCUGAAUCACUGAAAUCAUUGGUAUUUGGAAAUGAAUUCAAUCAAAUAUUAUCAGUUGGUGUGUUACCUGAAUCACUUAAAUCAUUAGUGUUUGGUCGUGAAUUCAAUCAAAUAUUAUCAGUCGGUGUGUUACCUGAAUCACUUGAAUCAUUGGUGUUUGGAUUUGAAUUCAAUCAAAUACUAUCAGUCGUUGGUGUAUUACCUGAAUCAUUGAAAUCAUUGAAGUUUGGAUAUUCAUUCAAUCAAAUAUUAUCAGUUGGUGUAUUACCUGAAUCACUGAAAUCAUUAGUGUUUGGAUCUGAAUUCAAUCAAAUAUUAUCAGUUGUCGGUGUCUUACCAAAAUCAAUUUCAUCACUCAUUAUUGGUGGAAUACAAAAAGACUCAGUGAAUCAAAGCAAAUUAGCUUUAAAUUUAGAAAUUCUUGAAAUUUAUGAUGAUGAAUUCUAUCCAGAAUAUUAUUCAACACACAAUCUAUCGAAGAUCAGUGAUUACAUUGUCGAUUCUCAGAACAAUCAAAUCAAAGGAGAAUACAUCAUUCCUCUACUUUUAGCACAAUAG